UCAAGCGAUCCACACAUAACCACUUUGAAUUUGUGACAAUUUAAGAAGACACACUCAAGAGACAUGGCGGCAGUACCAAAGAUCACCGUGAUCAACUUCCUGUGCCUGACCACCAUUCUUCUCUCUGGAAACGCGCUGGGCGCCUCUGUAUCCGGAUCCACUGGAAGUGGGAGUGCCCAAGGACUAGCCCAGAGGAUCGGCGAGUGCCGGGAGCGCUGCUACCGCCAGUCCAUGCCGGCGAUCACGCCCCCCCUCCUCUGCCGAUCCCGACCAGAGUGCUACAUGUGCCACGACUACUGCCGCGUCCUCGUCGUCGUCCAGCGGAGUCUGGCCAGCUCCAUGUGCGCGGAUCGGGAGUUCUGCACCCGGGGAUGUCGGGUGGCCUGCUCGUACCACCGCCUGAGGGUAUUCCUCGCACUCCACCAGGACUCCAGUGCCAAUGCGGUGCUCAGGAAGUAAAGAAGAGUAUCUCUGUGCUCACCGUACUUGUAAAUAGUUCGCCAUAAGAAUAAGUAAACACCUACCAUAAGUGUACAUUUCGUAUUAGGCUUA